AUGAGGAUUGAAUAUAGUCCCCUCGAUCGCGAUAAACAAGAGAUCAGACUCUUGGAGCUCUUGCCUCGGAACAACGACAGAAAGCAGAAACUCUUUCCUACUUGUCGCAUCUUCCAUGCUUGCCUUCCCGCUGGACCACGCUUCACAGCAUUAUCAUAUGUGUGGAGAGAUGUGAAGAAAGAACAAGUCAUACUUGUUGGCGAGUCACCAGUUCUCGUAACAAAGAAUCUUUAUGAAGCAAUGAUAGCGCUUCAACCGGUCAAUGAGCCCCUGUUCAUAUGGAUUGACGCACUCUGCAUUAAUCAGGCCGACGACGAUGAGAAAAGCUGGCAAGUUGGCUUGAUGCAAGAAAUCUAUCGUCAAGCGCAUCAGGUACUUGCUUGGCUCGGGAUUGCAGAGAAAGAAAGUGAUUCCGUCAUUGACAAUUUGCAUUGUCUUGGAGGAAAGGCCGAACUCUUGACUCGCGAGAUUAUGAGUCCAUGGGAAUAUACUUCGCAGAAACUAUGUCUUGUGCUUGGCUCCUUAAUUCGUGGAGACGUUCCGACUGCCGAGAUGAUGAAGCCAUUGAGAAGUUCAAGACCUCUGACUCGUGAAGACUACAUGCCACUGUUUGGCUUUAUCGAUGCAUACUAUGAGCAGAAGGGGCUGAAAAUGAUCGGAGCACUAAAAGACUUCAUUACUCGGCCUUGGUGGGGACGUAUUUGGGUUCUUCAGGAAAUAGCUCUGCCAGAGAAUGCCCAAUUUGUUUGUGGAACCAAGACGAUUUCCCGAGAUCGUUGCGCCGCAGCCAUAAGGACUUAUAGGAUGUGGUGGAUGAGCCUCGCGGAAAAAGCUACGGCUGGGGACCUGAUCACGCUUAAAGAACGUCCGCACCAGCUAGAAGCCUUCUCAAACCUACCAUUACACAGGCCUACUGUCAUGUUGUCCGUACGAGAAGUAUACAUGGAUAAUCAAUUUAUGUUGGCUGCCCUGCUUCGUGCAACUUGCGUCGGGAGCCACAACCUCCGUUUACAUGGAUCACAUCACAUGGAAGCUACCGACCCAAGAGAUAAAAUAUAUGCUCUCCUUUGUUUAGCACCUGACAGGGAGGAGUUGAAGAACAAAGGCAUUAUUCCAAACUACUCAGGAUCUUGCACCUAUCAAGACUUGUACUCAUCAGUCAUGGUAGUUUUGAUCCAAGUGGGCUAUAUUUCACUUCUUUCUCUUUGCCAGCACGCAGGGACUUGUACAGGCUUGCCCUCAUGGGUUCCGCACUGGUCAAGCUCAAUCACUCAUAUGUUGCAAGAUGUCAGAGACGAUCAUGUCACUAUUCAUCCUACGUUUUCUGCUUCUGGUAAGAGUCUAGACUACCCAGAAGUUUCAGCCAUCAGAAAGGUGGCAUAA